UGCCUUGAUUUAAAGAUGUUUGAGUUAAGUUGUACUGUUGUUUUUAGAGGUUAUCUACGUGGAACUUUCUGAUUUCUUAAAAAUUGGUCCUUAUUAAAACAGAAAUAAUGGCAUCAAUACGAAAAAACAUAGAUGAUAUUCUCGCCCGCGUAAAUUUUCCUCUUUAUACCGUUCAAAUGUUAACAAACAGACACGUAUUAGUUGGUGGAGGUGGUGGAACUUCGAAAACGGGGGUUGCAAAUGGAUUCGAAAUAUUUGAAUUAUCUCAUGAUGGUCGAAAAUUUGUUGCGGAAGAAGUUACAAGGCAUGAAACAGGUGGAAACGUAGUAAUGAAUUGUUCAGUCUUUAGUGACAACAAACAUUCAUAUUUAGUGGCUGGUCAAGAAAGUCAUUGUCACUUGUAUAAUGUUAACAGUGUGCUAGUUCGAGAGGAAGUAGAUAUUGAAAAUAUCGGUAACAACCAUUCUGAAAUACGUCAACGUAAACCACGGACUAAAGAAAAGACAGACAAUAACAAAAAUAUAAAAAAGAGAUUAAAGUUUAAUAUAAACCCUUCAGACAGUGUACAAACUGACUUUAAUGGACCAGAACCUUUAUCUAGAGUAGCAAGAAUUAACCACAAUGGUAAACUUUUAGCCACAGGUGGGACAGAUGGGUGCGUAAGAUUGUGGAAAUUUCCAAGUUUACAGCCCUUGGUCGUAUUAAAAGCACAUCAAAAAGAAAUUGAUGACGUAGACUUUAGUCAAUAUGGUAACUAUUUAAUUACAAUUGCAAAAGACGGAGCCGCAAUUCUUUGGGAUUGUGUUAAAGGAAAAGAAAACAAACGGUUAAGUUGGAAGCAACCAGAAGGAUCAAAGUAUUUAUACAAAAGAUGUCGGUUUGGAAUUGUAGAAAAUGAGAAAAAAUCAGCUUUGUACAUGUUGGCUAACCCCACUGGCUUAGCAAAGAAGCAAAAGUCGUACCUUCAACAGUGGCUACCAGAAGAAGGUAUUUUAAAAAAAUUUGCAGAGUUCGACGAAAGUCUCUCUGCAUUGGCUGUGAGAGAUGACGGCAGAUUUGUUGCUGUUGGCACCAUGUUUGGUGGAUCUGUGUUGUUAUACGUAGCAUUUAGUUUACAGUGUGUUCUAAAUAUUCCCGGUGCACAUUCCAUGUUCGUCACUGGCUUAGAGUUUUUGCCGGCAUCGACAGAGAAAGAGAAUCACACUGUAUGUAGUGUAGCCGAGGCCGCAGUAUUAUCCAUCUCGGUGGAUAACCAAGUUUGUAUACAUACAUUGCCAUAUAGAAAAACAAUGCCCCUUUGGCUGGGAAUGGUGAUAUUGGUUUUUACGCUUUUUAUGACUUUUGUAUUUUGUUCAUAUGUAGGUUUAUAAUUGUUGUAACUAAAUUAUUUAGUGAUGUUAUGGUUUUUUUGUACAAAUUGGUUCGCAGAAAUAUAAAUAAUAUAUUUGGAA